GUCAACUGCUCGUUGACAUUAUUGAGGGACUGAAAUACACAUCCGCUAGAAGUUACGAGGGUGUUGUAGAAAUAUAUACGUAUGUACAUAUAUCCUCCAUGAUGAGGAUACGUCCUUGGUCGGACCGAAUGACCAACAAACACAGGACCGAACCUCAUUACUUAAAGGGUCGGGUCGCACCCAAUGCCGUAGACAGAACGACUAAACACAUUGAUACGCCAUAACUAACUGGGACCCACAGCUUUAACUGUCAUGACAGUGACUGGUCCGACCCUAACUAACUCGCCACGUCAGCAUUCCCAAAAACUAUAAAUACCCCGCCAAGAUUUCCAGCAAGGGGUAAUCGCUACUUUCUCUCCCUGACUUACUUUCUCCUGUCAAAUACUUAUUCUCACGCCCGAGCUUGGUCACAGAGAGACCCCCCCGCCCUGUGACGAGGCUAACGGUGUGUUUUAUUCCUUGUGAUCUUGCAGGUUCUUGCUUGGUCAUCUCUUGCUUGGUCAUCUGAAACUCUACUCAUACCAGAUCGUACCAACUGGUUUUUUGAGUCUUCACUCCACAAACCCUACGGCAGAUGCUAUAAAACAUCGUCGUGCGUCAAAGAAAAAAAAAUAACAUCGAUCAUCUCUCACUUCGUAAACGAUUAAAAUAGAGUUAUGAUGAGGUUUUACAAAGUGAAUUUACCCGAUGAGCAAUCAAAGAUUACGGUAAUAAGGGAUAAAAUAUUGGCAUUAGGAGAGGGAAUCGGGCAGACAAUUAUAUUUGUGAGAAGCAAAAGAACUGCUCCUAUAUUACAUGAGGCACUUGCUGAGCAUGGUUACGCGGUAACAUUAACUCAAGGUUCGGAUAGAGAUAAGUUAACCAAAGACUUCAACGAUGGGUCGAUUCGGGUUCUAAUAUCAACAGAUGUUGUUGCUCGGGAUAUUGAUCAGUCUAAGGUUAAUCUGGUGGUUAACUAUGAUCUCCCAGUUAAAUUUAAUAAGCCUACAGAGCCUUACAAUGAAAUAUACUUACUCCGCACACGGUUUAGCAAGGGAGGAGCGGUAUUCAACUUACUAUGUGGUGGUAAUGACAACAUGAUUAUGCAGAAAAUCGAGACACACUUUAGCCAUAUUAAUGUAACCGAGGUACCAUCAUGGAAUAGUGAUGACGACUUCAAGGAUGCGUUAGAGAAAGCUGGUUUGAAGUAAAGUUUUCAUAUUGGUUUUUAAUUUACGCAUGUUAUCUCGUUAUCACUUGUUGCAAAAAGAGAAUUCGGUGAUUGAAUUAUGAGUUAACUUUUUAUUUUGGAUGUAAUGUGGAU